AUGUGUGUCAAAGAGGAGAGCCAGACCUUUGGACCCUGGGAAACGGCGAGACGCGAUGGAGCGCAUGGGAACAGAGCCAGCGAGAAAGACGGAGGAAACCAGUUCAUAUCAACCGGCCAGCACUGGGGAACAGGGGUAGUCGCUGCGGCUCUGGCAGAGUGGCACUCGAUGGCAUUCAUCCCAUCUGGUCGGUGCGAACUGAAUGCAGAGAGUGGCGUGAAGGCACAUGUCAAAGCGACAGGAGCCUCGAGCGCUGCCAGGAUAUGUCACAUGCACGGCCGUCUCAGCAUUCGAGUCGGUGGUUUCGGUCUAGGUAGCCCGAGUCGUGCACUCGUGACUUUCCACUUCGGAACGUUCCAGCAGGGCUCCGAACAUCGCAACCGAGGAGAGAUGCCAAGUGCUGGACACUUUCCUUCGACAGCCGGUAGGUACCCGGCCGGUGGUCGGGGUGCCAAGAAGGAAGAAGUUGGUGCCCGGUCCGGCCUCAGCCCCUGCACGGACCUAGCACGCACGACACGACGACGACAAUUGCUCUCCAAUAUGGUCUGUGUCGACAAUAUUUUGCUGCCAAUUCCGCACUUCCUUCCGCCCGGCAUACGUAGAGCCGGAGGGGCUAGGGCUCCUCCCUCUGUGGACUCUUGA